AUGGUCCCCCCUCCCGCCGGGCCGUCGCGUCCGAAACGCACCGCCGCUGCCGCCCCCGCCUCUGCUUCUCGACCGCCCGCGAAGGCUGGGCGGCCAGCUACCGCUCCGAGAACGACUUCGGCUUCAGCCGCUGCCGCCGCCGCGGCUGCUCGCAAGGGCAAGGGACCGGUCCGUCCCUCCGCCGCGAGCGCUGCCGCUGCUCAGGCCGCAUCCAACUUGCAGGAAGGAGAAGAGGAGUGGGCUGCCCUCAUGAAGAAGAACCACAAUGAGCCCAAGGGAGCUGACUGGUAUGCGAAGGGAGUGAAGAGUGUCCAGGACAAGUGGGAGCUUCUGCCAGCGUUCUUAAAGGUGAAGGGUCUUGUCAAGCAGCAUCUCGACUCGUUCAACUACUUUGUGCACACCGACAUCAAGGCUAUUCUGCAUGCGAACGCGCUUGUGGUUUCGGAUGCCAACCCGCGGUACUACAUCCGCUACACCGAUAUUCGAAUCGGCCGGCCUCUGCGCAAGGAGGUCGGAUCGUCCAACACACGCUUGACGCCCAUGGAGUGCCGUCUGACGGAUAACACCUACUCGGGCGGAAUCUACGUCGACAUCGAGUACACGCACGAGGACAAGAUCAGGAAGCAGCAGGGCAUCCACAUCGGUUCGCUGCCUAUCAUGCUUCGAUCCGACCUCUGUCAUCUGGCGGGCAAGAACGACCUCGAGCUUGCGCGCAUGGGAGAAUGCCCUCUCGACCCCGGAGGCUACUUUGUCGUGAAGGGCACGGAGAAGGUCAUUCUCGUCCAGGAGCAGCUCAGCAAGAACCGUAUUAUUGUCAUGACGGACCCUAAAAAGGACGUGACUACGGCCGAGGUUACGUCGUCGACCCACGACCGUGUCGUCAAGACAUAUGUCACCACCAAGGCGUCGCGUCUCUACCUGCGCCACUCUUCGUUCAAGGAGCCGAUCCCCAUCGUCAUUGCACUCAAGGCCAUGGGCGUCACCUCGGACAAGGAGAUUCUGCAGCUCGUGUGCGGUCCGGAUGAGAAGUACCAGGAGGCGUUUGGUAUGUCGCUCGAGGAGGCGGCGCGCCUUCGUGUCUACACUCGCCGGGAGGCUCUCGAGUGGAUUGGCGCUCGUGUCUCGCCGACGCAGGAGAAGGAGGACCGCUCCCUAGGCCACAAGCUCACCCCGACCGACAUGGCCAUGCAGGCUCUCGCCGCCAUGGUCCUCGGACACGUUCCCGUGCGCGACAUGAACUUCCGCCCCAAGGCCAUCUACCUAGCGACGAUGUCUCGCCGUGUCCUCGCCGCGAUGCUGGACGAGAACAUGGUUGACGACCGUGAUUACGUCGGUAACAAGCGUCUCGAGUUGGCGGGCCAGCUGCUGUCGCUCCUGUUCGAGGACUCGUUCAAGACGUUCAACAGCGACCUGAAGAAGCGCAUGGACAAGAUUCUCGAGAAGAAGACGCGCGCCGGUCCCUUUGACGCGAGCACGCUUGUCCGCACUGGCGGCGGCGAUAUCAUCACGUCGGCCUUUGUGCGCUCGAUCUCGACGGGUAACUGGUCGCUGAAGCGUUUCCACGUCGAGCGAGCAGGCGUCACGCACGUCCUGUCGCGUCUGUCCUUCAUCGCUGCGCUCGGCAUGAUGACGCGUAUCACGUCGCAGUUCGAGAAGACGCGCAAGGUCUCGGGCCCCCGUGCCCUGCAGCCGUCGCAGUGGGGUAUGCUCUGCCCGUCCGACACACCGGAAGGAGAAGCAUGCGGUCUUGUGAAGAACCUUGCGCUCAUGACGCAUAUCACGACCGACGUACCCGAGGACCCGCUCAUCAAGCUCGCCUUCAUGCUUGGUGCCGAGGACAUUUCGCUCGCGACAGGUAACGAGCUGUACCGCGACGGUGUCCACCUCGUCCAGGUGAACGGUAACCUGAUCGGUGUCACGGCGCUGCCGCGCAAGUUUGUGCGCACGUUCCGCAAGCUGCGUCGCUCGGGACGCACGUCCGAGUUUGUGUCGAUCUACAUCAACCACCACCAGCGCGUCAUCUACAUUGCGUCCGACGGAGGGCGUAUCUGUCGUCCGCUCAUUAUCGUCGAGAACGGACGGCCGCGCGUGACGUCCGAGCACAUGCAGCUCCUGAAGGCGGGCAAGGUGACGUUUGACCACUUCCUGCGCUCUGGACUGGUCGAGUACCUCGAUGUCAACGAGGAGAACGACUCGUUCAUUGCCUGCUACGAGUCGGAGAUCACCGAGGACACGACGCACCUCGAAAUCGAACCGUUCACGAUCCUCGGUGCCGUCGCGGGCCUGAUCCCGUACCCGCACCACAACCAGUCGCCGCGUAACACCUACCAGUGUGCAAUGGGCAAGCAGGCGAUCGGCGCGAUCGCGUACAACCAGCUGAACCGCAUCGACACCCUGCUCUACCUCAUGACGUACCCGCAGCAGCCGAUGGUGAAGACGAAGACGAUCGAGCUGGUGGGUUACGACCGCCUUCCGGCGGGCCAGAACGCGACUGUCGCCGUCAUGUCCUACUCGGGCUACGACAUUGAGGACGCGCUGAUUGUGAACCGCGCGAGCGCGGACCGCGGCUUCGGCCGCUGCCACGUGCUGAAGAAGCAGACGAUCCCAAUCCGGUCGUUCCCGAACGGCACGUCUGAGCGGCUCGCGAUGCUGCCGCCCGACCAGCGGCCCGAGACCCACUCGUGGCUGGACCAGGACGGGCUGGUGGCGCCCGGCUCGGUCGUGUCGCAGGGCGACGUGCUGGCCGCGCGAGAGACGCCGAUGGACACGCGCGGUCCCGGCCCCACCGUCGGAUUCAAGGCCACGCCUGUCGCGCACAAGCUGCCCGAGCCGACCAACAUUGACAAGGUCAUGGUGACGGACACAGAGGACGGGAACCAGCUCAUCAAGAUUCUCACGCGCCAGACGCGCCGCCCAGAGCUCGGCGACAAGUUCUCGUCGCGCCACGGACAGAAGGGCGUGUGUGGCCUCAUUGUGCCCCAGCAGGACAUGCCGUUCAACGACCAGGGUAUCUGCCCCGACAUUAUCAUGAACCCGCACGGUUUCCCGUCGCGUAUGACGGUGGGCAAGAUGAUCGAGCUGCUCUCGGGCAAGGCGGGGCUCAUGGCCGGCAAGCUGCAGUACGGCACCGCGUUUGGCGGAAGCAAGGUCGUGGACAUGAGCCAGAUUCUCAUCGAUGCCGGCUUCUCGUAUGCGGGCAAGGACACGCUCACGUCGGGCAUCACGGGCGAGUCGCUCGAGACCUAUGUCUACUUUGGCCCCAUCUACUACCAGAAACUGAAACAUAUGGUCAUGGACAAGAUGCACGCACGUCCCACCGGUCCCCGCGCCAACCUCACCCGCCAGCCCACCGAGGGUCGAUCCAAGGACGGAGGCCUGCGUCUGGGCGAGAUGGAACGCGACUGUCUUAUCGGAUACGGCGCGACGCAACUCCUGCUCGAGCGUCUGAUGAUCUCGUCGGACGCGUUCGACGCUCAGGUGUGCGAGACCUGUGGCAUGCUCGCGUACUCGGGCUGGUGCAAGGGGUGCCAGUCCUCCAAGGCUGUUGUCAAGAUUACCAUGCCGUAUGCCGCCAAGCUCCUCAUCCAGGAGCUUAUCGGCAUGAACAUCCUGCCUAAGCUCGUCAUGGAGGACACGGUGUAG